UGGCGGAGCCUGGGAGGGCGAGGAGGCUAUAGUUACCUCCGCCGUCGCAUCCUCGAGGGAGUCGUGUCGCCGCCAUCCCCGCCCCCGAGCUUGUCCACCGCUUCUGAAGCUCUGGUGUGCUCCCGGGAAUCUCGCUAGCUGUCUGCCCUUGGCCUUGCGGACCGCGCCUCCAGCAGCAUGUGUGGUAUAUUUGCAUACUUAAACUACCAUGUUCCUCGCACAAGACGAGAAAUAUUGGAGACCCUAAUCAAAGGCCUUCAGAGAUUAGAAUACAGAGGAUAUGAUUCUGCAGGUGUGGGUGUUGAUGGAGGCAAUGACAAAGAUUGGGAAGCCAAUGCCUGCAAAAUUCAACUCAUUAAGAAGAAAGGAAAAGUUAAGGCAUUGGAUGAAGAAGUUCACAAACAACAAGAUAUGGAUUUGGAUAUAGAAUUUGAUGUACACCUUGGAAUAGCUCAUACCCGUUGGGCAACACAUGGAGAACCCAAUCCUGUCAAUAGCCACCCCCAGCGCUCUGAUAAAAAUAAUGAAUUUAUUGUUAUUCAUAAUGGAAUCAUCACCAACUACAAGGACUUGAAAAAGUUUUUGGAAAGCAAAGGCUAUGACUUUGAAUCUGAAACAGACACAGAAGCAAUUGCCAAGCUUGUUAAGUACAUGUAUGACAACUGGGAAAGUCAAGAUAUCAGUUUUACUACCUUGGUGGAGAGAGUUAUCCAACAAUUGGAAGGUGCUUUUGCACUUGUAUUUAAAAGUGUUCAUUUUCCUGGGCAAGCAGUGGGCACAAGACGAGGUAGCCCCCUGUUGAUUGGUGUGCGGAGCGAACAUAAGCUUUCUACUGAUCACAUUCCAAUACUUUAUAGAACAGGCAAAGACAAGAAAGGAGGCUGCAAUCUCUCUCGUGUGGACAGCACUACUUGCCUUUUCCCUGUUGAAGAAAAAGCAGUAGAAUAUUACUUUGCUUCUGAUGCAAGUGCUGUCAUUGAACACACCAAUCGUGUCAUCUUUCUAGAAGAUGAUGACGUUGCAGCAGUUGUGGAUGGCCGUCUUUCUAUCCAUCGAAUUAAACGUACUGCAGGAGAUCAUCCUGCUCGAGCUGUGCAAACCCUCCAAAUGGAACUCCAGCAGAUCAUGAAGGGCAACUUCAGUUCAUUUAUGCAAAAGGAAAUUUUUGAGCAGCCAGAGUCUGUUGUGAACACGAUGAGAGGAAGAGUCAACUUUGAUGACUAUACUGUGAAUUUGGGUGGUUUGAAGGAUCACAUUAAGGAGAUACAGAGGUGUCGGCGUUUGAUUCUUAUUGCUUGUGGAACAAGUUACCAUGCUGGUGUAGCAACACGUCAGGUUCUUGAGGAGCUGACUGAAUUGCCAGUGAUGGUGGAACUAGCCAGUGAUUUCCUAGAUAGAAACACACCAGUCUUUCGAGAUGAUGUUUGCUUUUUCAUUAGUCAAUCAGGUGAGACAGCAGAUACCCUGAUGGGUCUUCGGUACUGUAAGGAGAGAGGAGCUUUAACUGUGGGAAUCACAAACACAGUUGGCAGUUCUAUAUCAAGAGAGACAGAUUGUGGUGUUCAUAUUAAUGCCGGUCCUGAGAUUGGUGUGGCCAGUACAAAGGCUUACACCAGCCAGUUUGUAUCUCUUGUGAUGUUUGCCCUUAUGAUGUGUGAUGACAGAAUCUCCAUGCAAGAGAGACGCAAAGAGAUCAUGCUUGGAUUGAAACGGCUGCCUGAUUUAAUUAAAGAAGUACUGAGCAUGGAUGAUGAAAUUCAGAAAUUGGCAACAGAACUUUAUCAUCAGAAGUCAGUCCUGAUAAUGGGACGAGGCUAUCAUUAUGCUACUUGUCUUGAAGGGGCACUGAAAAUCAAAGAAAUUACUUAUAUGCACUCUGAAGGCAUCCUUGCUGGUGAAUUGAAACAUGGCCCUCUGGCCUUGGUGGAUAAGUUGAUGCCUGUCAUCAUGAUCAUCAUGAGAGAUCACACUUACGCAAAGUGUCAGAAUGCUCUUCAGCAGGUAGUUGCUCGUCAGGGGCGCCCUGUGGUGAUUUGCGAUAAGGAGGAUACUGAGACCAUUAAAAACACAAAAAGAACAAUCAAGGUGCCACACUCAGUGGACUGCUUACAGGGCAUUCUCAGCGUGAUCCCUUUGCAGUUGCUAGCUUUCCACCUGGCAGUGCUGAGAGGCUAUGAUGUUGAUUUUCCACGGAAUCUUGCAAAAUCUGUAACCGUCGAGUAAAAAGCAUCUGAAACUUGGGAAGAUUAAACAACACAAGACACCUUUUGUAUUGAAAGCUUUGAUUUAAGAUAUCACCCCCCCUGGAAGCCUUUUUUAGUAAAUUCUUAUUUAUAUAUCAGUUAUAAUUAUUCCACUCAAUUUGUGAUUUUUGUGAAAUUGCUUCUUAUAUUUUUCCAGUAAAAUGUGGGGGAGUUUGAAUAAUGAAAUCUAAAUUGGAAUCUGUAUUGGAAAGAUUUUAGCUGUCUUUUUCUUUAAAGAAUGCUGGGUGUUGAAUUUAUGGGUCCUCCACUUCAAUUUAAGAGGACUGUAUAUUUUAAAAAUAAUUGGCAUUUGUUUUAUUCAUUCAGACCAAUCAUAGAGUUGUGCAUUUAUUUGGGCUUUCUAAAUCCAGUGGUAGUAUAUGUGAACACUUGGAUGUUUAUUGAAGGUUUUGCUAAGUUAUAUAUAAACAGAAGAUGCUGUGAUUUAUUUCAGAACUUGUUUCUAUUUUGUUUUUAAAUCAAACUGUAAUACUUAAAGGCUUAAAACUUUUCUUGGUGGGAUUUAUAUCUAAGGUCAGUUAACCUUAGUUCUCAUACUUAUCCGUUAUCUGUAGGUGGAGGUGAUUUAGGCAACAGAAUAUUAUAGUAGUGCAUUGAAUGUUCUCCAAUGCACUUAUAGAGAACACAUGUACACAAUUUUAUAGCACAAACUUUAAAUUUGAAUUGCUUUGGACAAUUGGACAAUUGAUAACGUGAUUUUAAAUUUGAAGAUAGGAUGUUGGGUAACCCACUCCUUGUUUUUUCAUCUAAAAUAAAUUUUUAUUUCCUUGUGUUUAUAAUCUUUAUUUUUAAAGUAACUGUUGAAUGACAUAUUUGUAUCUUGUUCUUGAAAUCACAACAGAGCUGCUAUCAAAUGUUUCAGAUUGUCAAUAUAUUCAAUAUUCUUUUCAACUUUGUCCCAUGAAAGAAUUUCCUACAGUUAAUUUUGACUUUCUUUACUGCCUUGUUGCAUAAAACUAAUAAACCUUUAGUGUCAGUUUGGAAAUUCUCUGAAAUCGUUUAGAAGAUUUGCAAGUCUUUGGCUCUUAAAUGGGUAUGGUAGGCUAGGCUAAGAAAAAUUUAUGUUUUACACUGAUAUUAGUAAAUAAAGGGCAUCAUAUUUAGUA